GUAAAAAUAAACAUCUCAAAGUAUGAAUAAAUCACAUCUUAGCCCUGGACAAUUAAUUACCAUAGGAUUAUCUUUCUUAAUAUCAAUAUCUCAUAAUAUUAUUAUUUUUAGAAUUUUUCUAUGAGCCCAAAUGCUGCAUGUCAAACCUUCCACACCUGUCCCUGAUAAACCUUUGAACUAUUCUAAGUUGACGGAGACCCACUUGCCAUUACUCAAUACUUCAUUCCCCAUCAUCAAUAUUAUUUAUGUGUACAGUUCAGACAUACAAAUCCAAUGCAACAGCUCAACUAAGAAACAUCCUUAUUUCCUCAUGGCUCUAACCAUCAGAUCCACCACCAUCCACCACCACCACCACCCUCUUCCUCCAAACUCUACAAAAUCCACUCUCCAUCUCCAUUCCACCACCCAAACACGACCCCAACACCACCGGCACUCCGGCAUCAGUCUCAACAUCCCCAGCAUCAUCUCCAACCUCCUCCACAUUGGCACCACCCACAACUCCAUCCCUGAACUCCUCCUCACCAACUCCACCAACAAACAAACCCCCACCUCAUCUCCAAAAGAAAACAUCUCUUCUUUACAACCGGAGCUGCACGGCAGCACAAACUGGUCCCCCCUUCUCAACCCUCUCCACCCUUGGCUCCGCCGUGAGAUCAUCAAAUACGGCGAGUUCUCUCAAGCCACCUAUGAAGCUUUUGACUUCAAUCCAUUCUCUGAAUACUGUGGCAGCUGCUUAUACAACCAGUCUCGUCUCUUUGAAAUCCUUGGUUUAACCCGGCACGGCUAUAAUGUCACCGAGUACAUCUACGCCAUGUCCCACGUUGAACUCCCAAAGUGGCUUGAACGUUCAUUGCAUGCAGAUACAUGGAGCAAAGACUCUAAUUGGAUGGGCUACGUAGCUGUCAGUGACGACACUGAGACUCGCCGGAUUGGUUGCCGUGAUAUAGUAGUUGCAUGGCGUGGCACUGUCUCACCCAGUGAAUGGUUGGAGGAUCUUCAAGGAAAACUAGAACCAUUAGGAGAUCAUGGUGAAACUGAUGCUAAAGUUGAGCAUGGAUUUUUUAGUAUAUACACUUCCAAGAGUGAUGCUACAAGGUAUAACAAGUCUAGUGCUUCUGAACAAGUAAUGGAGGAGAUCAAGAGGCUUGUAGCUUAUUACCGUGGGAAUGGAGAGGAAGUGAGUCUCACUGUCACUGGCCAUAGCCUGGGCGGAGCUCUGGCACUGUUGAAUGCACAUGAGGCGGCAAGGAGCAUCCCAGGGCUUCCGGUGAGCGUUAUCUCCUUCGGUGCACCAAGAGUGGGGAAUGAAGCAUUUGGAGAUGAGAUCAGAGAUCUGGGAGUGAAGGUGCUGAGGGUGGUGGUGAAGCAGGACAUGGUUCCAAAGUUACCGGGAAUUUUUCUCAAUGAAAGGAUAGAGAAGCUGAAAGCUGUCACCGGAGAGCUUGAAUGGAUUUACAAGCAUGUUGGUUUGGAGCUGAACCUGAACAUCAAAGCAUCGCCUUAUCUAAAACAUGGAUUUGAUCUAGCUGGAUUUCAUAAUUUGGAGACAUACCUGCAUCUCGUUGAUGGUUACGUCAGUGAACAGGCAGGUUACAGGCUCAAUGCUCGCCGGGAUGCUGCUUUGGUGAACAAGUACAGUGGGAUGUUGCGCAGCGAGCUGAAGAUACCUGUAUGCUGGAAUCAAUUGGCGAAUAAGGGGAUGGUGCGCAAUGCUUAUGGACGGUGGGUGCAGCUGGAGAGGACACCAGAGGAUAUUCCGUCGCCACACAGGGAUUGCUGACAUGCAGUUUUACCUGAAAAUUUGUAACUUGAUAGCAAUCGCAUAACUUGUAUAUUUUGUGCAGCUGAAUUGAAUAAAACACACGAAAUACAUUAGUUCACAUGAAAGUUUUCUCGUUGAAUACAAGCUUUCUAUGACCUAAACAACAAAAAGGCAAACCACA